CAGAAACGGUUUUGUUUGUUUCAUGAGAGUUUAUUUUGUUGAUAUUCUUGUAAUUAAUUAAAAGUAUUAUAAUUAUCAAUGGCUUAAUUUCGCUUUAUCGUAUUGUGUAAUUGUUAAUAUUCAUUGCGGAACCUUCAAAAUAAGUUAACAAAACGGUGAAAAAAUGCCGAAAACAAGGAUUCCAUCGCCAGCGCGUUCACAGGGUGCAACGACGCCAAAACGUAAAAAAAGUCGGGGUAGCCGUAGUCUGUGUUCUCCGGCGCUAUCUACGGCUUCAGGCAGACUGACUUCUCUCAUAGACCAAUUUAAAGACAAGAAUAUGGAGUUGUUUGCCCUGUCACCAUUAAACAGAAGAUCCAUAUUGAAUGAUGAUACUGCUAUUGAAGAACCACGGCGUAAAAGUUGGUGGAAAAAUUUAAAAGAAGAUUCUCAACAGAUCAUGGAAGUAUUGGAAGAAAAUAAGGUGACGGAUGCCAACAAUGGUAUUGAAGAACUCAUUGAUAUCGAAGUUUUGAGCCAAGAAAAGAAAGAGUACACCCUUGAUUUGCCAGAGAGCAGUGACAACGAAUCAAUAAACAGCAUAGUACUACCGCAACGGAAACUUUUCACACAAAAAGAUAGCAAACCACAAAAAAAGUUUGGCCAAUUCAGUGACAAUCGAGAAACAUUGGCCAAACUACACAAGACCAACACAAAUGUUGAUAAAACUGUAAAUGUUGGCACUAGAGAGUUGUUUCAAAAUGCAAAAAGGUCCAAACCAAUAUUUCCUUCAGCCUUACUCAAUAUAUCUCCUAACAAAACUACAGCUGAUAAAACUAAAGAAAACAUUUUACAAGAGCCCAAAGUUAGAAAUAUCUUUGGCAACCGACCAACUAAUAAAAGGAAGAAUAUGUUUGCUGACUUUGUAGUCUCUGAGAGUGAGGAUGAAAUACCAGAGAUACAGCCUCGAGUGUUCGGGUUUCAAAAGAAACUAGAACAGCGACGUAUAAGUUCUAUAUCUAAAGGAAGAGAAGGUUCCCCAGCUUCAAGUAUAACGACUGAUAUGGAAAUGGAUGAUUGGAAGCUUCUACCAUCCUCAACAAUGGUAGAAAAUCAACUGGAGGACAUUGUGGCUGGUCACACACCGAAACGAGCAAGACUCAGUAAAUUAUCUGAAGCAGGAACGAACACUGAAGCAGGAAUUAAUACUAUUCAAACGAACACUACUGGUGACAAAACUAAAGCAUCCAAUAAGUCUGUUACUUCUAAAAAUAAAUCCAAAUCUUCACCAGAUGUAAAAGAUAAAUCACUAAACAGCUCUAGAACUACAAGAAGUAUGAUGAAGAAUACUUCGAAACUUGAAGAGAAAAUAGAAGCUCCUAAACAAAAUACCAAAAUAAAUAAAUCUCAGGAUAAAAUAUCUUCUAAAGAUAAUGAAUUGGAUGACAGUUCGUCCAAAGUGGCAAAUAAACAAAAUACAUCAUUAAACAAAUCCCAAAGACUGAAUAAGAGCAGAACAAGAAACAGUUCUAAAAUAAUUGAGGAAGAAAAAGAAGGCGAUGAAAAUGCAGAUAACGAUAAAAAUCCAAUCAACAACGUAACACGAGUAAUAAACAAGAAUGGUUCAAAUGCUACACUCUCUGGUAAAAGCAUAAAUGAAAAAGAACGCACAAUAACUCUUAAAGUACACGAUAAAGCAAAUGAGGCUGGUUCUAAUAACGAAGAAGAUGAGAAUCAGUUUACGUUACAAUACGAAAACGAUGAAAACGAAAUUGCAGAAGAAAUUGUUGAACACAAUAAAAUUAACGAAAACAAAGCUAAUAAAAUCAAAAACAGAAAUACUAUGGUUAUAGAAAAAGAUAAUCAAGAAACUGAUGCCAAUAAAUCGAAAAGUAACAAAUCUAUACAUAAUGAACUUAAACAAGCUAAAAUAGUUGAAGAAUCUGUAGAAUCAACGAAUGAACAAUCUGCAAAUGACAAUGUUGACGGUAAUGAAAUACAAAACACUGAGAUCGAUAAAAAUUACGAGCACCAAGAUGCAGAUAACGUGAGUCACGAAUUAAAUGAGCAGCGAAAUAAUAGCGAAGGUGAAAAAAAUGUAACUAAUAAUAUUGAAGAUGAAGAAAAUGAGGAAGAAAUGAAUGUUAGUCAAGAAAACGAUCAUGAAACAAAUGAAAAUGACAAUACAGACGAAGUGAUUUUGAGCAAAGUUGAUGAAGAAAAUGAAAGUGAAAUCGAUGAGGAGAAUGUUGAUGUUAAUCAAAGUAACGAAAAUGAAGAGCCAAAUGAAAGUCAGGUUGAAGCAGAGGUUGAUGGAAGUCAAGAAAUAGAUGAGCAAAAUGAAAGUCAAGAGAUGAAUGAAGAGGCUGACGAUAGCAAGAUCGAAGAAAAUGCUUUGGAAGACGAAAACAAUGAAAGUGAAGAAGAAAGCCAAGAGGUUCAGAAUGAUGAGGAAGAAGAUGAUGUGGAUGAAAGUCAAGAAGAGGACGAUGCAGAAGAUAAUGACGAGAGCCAAGAAUUAGAAAAUCAGGAAGUAAGUCAAGGAGAACAUGAGGUUAGUCAAGAAGAACAUGAGGUAAGUCAAGAAGUUGAAAAUGAUGAAGAAAAUGAAGUGGAGAAUGAUGAUGUAAGUCAAGAAGUUGAACAAGACGUAGAAAAUAAUGAAGAGAGUCAAGAAAUAGAGAAUGAUGAAGAAGAAAAUGAACAAAGUCAAGAGGUAGAGGAUGACGAAGAAGAAGACGAAGAAAGUCAAGAAAUAGACAAUGAAGAAGAUAAUCAAGUAGAGAGUGAAGCUGAAGUAAACGAAAGUGAAGAAAUCGAAGAUGAUAAAGCAAUGGAUAACAGUGACGAGGCUGACAAAGCUAUCGCUAGUGAUCCGGAAAUUUCUGAUCGAGAUGACAAUGACGCUGAAGAAAUGGAAUUUGAUGAUGAUGACAAUAAUGAACAAGAGUCAGAAAAUGAAGAAGCUGAAGGAAAUGAAGAAGAAAGUCACGAAGAACAACUGGAACCAAGCGCAGAAGAAAUAGAAGAAUCACCUAAUGUCACACACGAUACUACAGGCAGACAUAGACAGAAAGAGCUUAAAUCACCCGAAGCGAUCUUACAUGACAAGACGAACCAAAUGGACUCAUUCACAGCCAAAGGCCGAAACACUAGCAUAAGAAAAACAAAGAGUAUGAUCAAGAAUCUUAACAUCAGACCGAGUUUAGCCCCUCAACGGGAUAGUUUAGCCUUUUCUGAUGGUACAAGGGACUCUAGCGCGGAAGGAUCAGGUUGGGACUCACACAGAACAACUCGCAAAACGCUACGACAAACAUUUGGAAAAGAUUUCACACCUAGAAAAUCUUUACGAGCCUUAGUUAUGGAGAAAUCGGCAAAAAGACAGACGGAACAUCAGGAUCUCCAUUCAGACACUGUUAAAUAUCCCCAAGCUAAUUCUACCGAGUUGCCAGAGUAUUCUAAUGGUCAUGUUGAAGAUUUUGUGGAGUCUGACCAUGAAGUGUCGAGGCGAACGCGGCAGACAACGUUAGAAACAUAUUUACAGAAAAUCAAGCAACAAAACAUUGAAAAUAAAGUAAAAAUGGAACAACUAGUUCGCAAUUCAUUAAAAGCACCGUCGAGGGAUACGCUAAGCCUCUUCAAAGUGCCAAACAAACCAGCGCCGCGUCGCUUGAAACUUUCUCAAAACAAACCUAGAACACAGAUCAAAUCCAUCAUGGCAUUCGGCGAAUUGCCCACGGAAGUUAUUGAAGAUAUGAAGUACAAACCGCCGAAGAGAUUCCAACCGACCAACGCGUCCUGGAUCACCAAAAGACUUUACAAGUUCUUGGAAACUAAGUUGGAACCCAAGUAUGAUUACAAAGCUCGAGUUCGCGCAGAGAAGCUAGUAGAAACAAUAUACCACUUCGCAAAGGACUUGCGUCGUCACAACGUAGCGCCAACAGACGCGGUCGACGUACUAAAACAUGAACUGGCGAGGCUCGAAGUAGUUCAAACGCACUUUGAUUUCUACGAAUUCUUCCACGAAUUCAUGCCGAGAGAAAUUCGUGUUAAGGUUGUUCCAGAUAUCGUAAAUAAAAUACCUCUGCCCAGGCACGGAGUGUUCUCCGACAUCUUGAGAGGGAACAACGUACAAGGAUAACCAGUAUUUGCCUUAAUUGUAUUGUUUUAAGAUGAG